AUGGGAGCCACAAUUAUAAUAUGCGUGACGUUAUUCCUAAUUACAACGAACAAACAACACUUCGUAGCACUCGUGAGACUACAGGCAUAUCUUGCAGUCGUCGUGUACGAAAUAUUUAUGUACUGUUGGUUCGGUGACGACAUUAUGUACCAGAAUUCCCGGCUGGUGAAUUCUGUGUACACGUGCGGCUGGCCGGGAGCGCCGCAGAAGCUGCAGAAGGCUCUCAUAAUUAUUCUACUGCGAGCCCAGAGGCCCCUCGGAGUCACGGCUGGCAAGUUCUAUCGCGUUUCCCGAGAGACGUUUGUGAGCCUGAUGAAGGCAUCCUACUCCUAUUACGCACUGCUCAACCAGAUGAAUGACUGAAGUGUGUG